AGAGCAUAAACUUGCCUUGGCCCUGACCAUCGACGUCCUCUACCACUAUCUCCCUCAACAACGCCAUGGCUAGGAAAGUCCCCCUGAACCGUGUUUCUCUCAUAUUUGCCUGUGGAACAGCUCUGUUUUCUGAUGGCAGGUACAAUAUCUGUCUUCUUUAACGUGAAUUUGACAAUUGUUCGCAGGCUAUGCCAACAAUGUCAUUGGUUCUGGUGGGUGAUGUAUUCAACUCGAUGAGCCCCUUUCAUCCAAAAUUCGACUGUCUUGCAGUCAAUACUCUUUUAGAACGCAUAUACGGCACUGGUUCUGGCGGGAUCACUACGAACUACAGCACCACACUCUCUAGUGUCGCCUUCGCAGGCACCGUUGUGGGUAUGCUCACUUUUGGCUACCUCUCCGACAAAGUUGGGCGCAAAUUCGGUAUGAUGUCCGCAACUGGGAUUGUUGCACUAUUUUCUGGUCUCUCUGCCGCUUCGUCCGGUGCCAAUCACAGCCUCAGUGGCAUGCUUGCUAUGCUUAUCGCAUGCCGUUUCCUUCUUGGGAUUGGCGUUGGCGCUGAAUACCCUUGCGGUUCCGUGUCCGCUUCUGAACAGUCGGAGGAAGAAGGCAUUGCUAAGAACUCGCAACAUCGAUGGCUAGUGCUCGCAACGAACACUAUGAUUGAUGUCGGUUUCGUUAUUGGAGCAUUCGUACCAUUGGUGCUUUACUGGAUCUUCGGGGACAACCACCUUCGUGCUGUCUGGCGCCUCUCGCUUGGGCUUGGUGUAGUUCCUGCUAUUAUUGUCUUCUUUUGGCGGCUGCGCAUGGAGGAACCUAAUCGUUACAAGCGCGAUUCAAUGAAGCAUGUCCGUAUCCCAUACAGACUAGUCAUUAAAAGAUACUGGCGAGGCCUAUUUGGCAUCUCGCUGGCGUGGUUCAUUUAUGACUUCAUCACAUACCCGUUCGGACUUUAUUCAUCCACAGUCACCAAUGCCGUUACUGGAGGCAGUUCAUCACUCACCGUUGUCUUUGGUUGGUCUGUUGUGAUCAACCUGUUCUAUAUUCCAGGUACCGUUGUGGGUGCCUUCUUUGUUGAUCGUAUGGGUCCAAAGGUCACCAUGAUCACUGGCCUCCUCGCGCAAGCGGUCAUUGGAUUUAUCAUGAGCGGUCUUUAUACCCAGCUGUCACAACACAUCGCCGCGUUUGCUGUGGUGUACGGCAUCUUCCUGAGCUUCGGCGAGUUUGGUCCCGGAAACUGCCUUGGCGUAUUGGCUGCAAAGACUGGGCCUACUGCUGUGCGUGGCCAGUAUUACGGUUUUGCAGCUGCUGUUGGAAAAAUUGGCGCAUUUAUUGGAACUUGGGUAUUCCCUAUCAUAGUCACGGAUUUUGGUGGCUCAAGUUCAGCUAAAGGGAACACUGGCCCCUUCUGGGUUGGUAGCGGUCUUGCCAUCCUAAGCGCAACCGUUGUAUACUUCUUUGUGAAACCCUUGGACCACGAUGGUAUGAAGGAAGAGGAUGCCAAGUUCCGGGAAUACCUCGAAGCGCACGGUUUCGAUGUCUCACUUAUGGGUCUUCCCGAAACUGAAAUCGUCUCAUAUACGGAAGGCAAAGAGACGGGUUCAUCAGUCAAGGACACUGACUCAGUGGCCAAUGUUUAGUUCAGCAGACAAUCUUGAUUAUCAUUUACGUCUGUGUAGCUGUUAGUUCUCUGUAGCGAGAAAGAAAUCAGAUGUAUUGGUUAGCAAAUGAUAGGUUUGAUAAUGAUAUUAAUGUGAGCUAUUUGCCAAGGCUCAAACCUGAA